AGGAGCCGCCGCCAUUUUGUCGCCGUCAGCGAGAGCGAGGCCGCGACCGCCGCGGGUGAGACCCGCCCCGCCCCGCCCCGCCCCCCGCCGCGAUGGUGAAGCUGUUCAUCGGGAACCUGCCGCGGGAGGCGACGGAGCAGGAGAUCCGGUCGCUGUUCGAGCAGUACGGGAAGGUGCUGGAAUGCGACAUCAUCAAGAACUACGGCUUCGUGCACAUCGAGGACAAGACGGCGGCCGAGGACGCCAUCCGCAACCUGCACCACCACAAGCUGCACGGCGUCUGCAUCAACGUGGAGGCCAGCAAGAACAAGAGCAAGGCCUCCACCAAGCUGCACGUGGGCAACAUCAGCGCCACCUGCACCAACCUGGAGCUGCGGGCCAAGUUCGAGGAGUACGGCCCCGUCAUCGAGUGCGACAUCGUCAAGGACUACGCCUUCGUGCACAUGGAGCGGGCCGAGGACGCGGUGGAGGCCAUCCAGGGCCUCGACAACACCGAGUUCCAAGGCAAGCGGAUGCGCGUGCAGUUGUCCACGAGCCGGCUGCGGACGGUGCCCGGGAUGGGAGACAAGAGUGGCUGCUAUCGGUGUGGGAAGGAAGGGCACUGGUCUAAAGAGUGUCCGGUCGACCGCCCGGGGCAGGUGCCUGACUUUACCGAGACCUAUAACGAGCAGUACGGAGCAGUGCGCACUCCCUAUCCCACGGGCUAUGGGGAGACCAUGUAUUACGAUGACGGGUACGGAGGAAUGGUCGACUACUACAAGCGCUACCGCGUGCGCUCGGCCUACGAUGCCUAUGCAGAGCAGACCAUGGCCCAAUACUCCCAGUAUGCCCAGUACUCCCAGGUGCAGCCCACGGCCAUGGCCGCCGCCACCACAGCCAUGGCCAGCCGCCUCCCCACCACCCUAGACCCUUACGAUAGAGCUCUGCUGCCCACCCCGGGCGCGGCGGCGGCCGUCGCCGCAGCUGCCACCGCUGCAGCCGCGGCCGCGUCCUCCACCUAUUACGCCCGGGAUAGGAGCCCCCUGCGUCGCACGGCAGCCGCGGCCACCACCGUCGGAGAGGCGUACGCGUACGACCGGAACCAGCUGUCCCCAGCGUCGUCGGUCACGCGGGCGGCCUCCCUCUACGACGUGCAGCGGUUCGAGCGCGACCCAUACGUGGACAGGGCGCGGUACUCUGCGUUUUGAGCCGGAGGUCGCGUGGCGGGCGGCCCCGCGGCCCCCACCCCCGCCCGCCGUGCCCCCACCUGCCCGCGAGGCGCUCGGGUUUCAGUAAAGUCGCGGCCCCCUCGACUCCGCCACUGAGUUUUUUAUUUUUUUUUUCCUUCUUUCCCUUUCCCCCUCUCUCUAAUUUAAGCGUCUCCACCCCUGGGGGUGUCCUCAGCCCUACACCCAGUGGGCACUGGCCCAGGCGGGCAGUGCGGGGUGGGCACCGUCUUCUAGGUCACACGUCCCCCUCAGGGUGGUGGAGGGAGAAUCCUCCUCUCCUUUCUCUCCUCUCUCUGAGCGUAGGGGAUGCUCAGUCCCCCUUCACCCCCCCAACAGCACGGCCUCUGGGCUCCUCCUGCCCCUCCCCCCGUCCACCUCUGACUCUUCUUCCCCCCAUCGGAGUCUCCAGCCGUGGCUUUUCCAGCAACUAAUAAACAUUUAAAACUCAA